AUGAUGCCUUGUCUCAUUCCCAUCGUCCUCCCUGGUGUCGCCGGUAUAGCCACACAUUUGCUCUUCUCCGUCUAUGAACCUCGUCAGCCGCUGGUCCCAACUGCUCUGUCAUUAUUGGAGCCCCCCGUUUUCAUGUAUCUCGCCUGCAGGUGCUUCUCUGUCGACACCCCUUGGUACUUUGUCCCCCUGGCCUACCUCUCGUUCUUCGUCGCGAUGAGCGCAUCAGUUGUCCUGUACCGACUAUCUCCAGCCCACCCGUUAGCGGAGUUCCCGGGUCCGAGAAUAGCGAAGAUAAGCAAAUUAUGGGCUGCUUAUCUCACCUGGACUGGACGACAACAUUUGUACAACAAGAAGUUGCACGACCAAUACGGACCAUUCGUACGAACAGGCCCCAACGAGUUAUCUAUCGCAGAUGCAGACGCAGUCGUGCCCGUACUGGGCUCUCAAGGCCUGCCUAAAGGCAAAUACUAUGAUGCUCGUCAAGAUCCCACCGCGCCUCGCAACCUCAUCAUUCUGAGAGGUGAAGAGCACACUGCCAGGCGACGAUUGUGGAACAGAGGCAUGAGCGGCGACUCACUACGAGAAUACGAAGGUCUCAUCUCGGAAAGAGCCCACGAACUAGUAGAAAGACUUGCGGGUUUGGAAGGGCCCGUCGACUUUUCUAAAUGGCUCAGCUUUUUCUCAUUCGAUUUCAUGGGUGAUAUGGCUUUUGGUAGUGGCUUUGGCAUGAUCCAAGAUGGCAAGGACAGCAAAGGACUCUGGAAAGCACUAGAAGAUUUCAUGCACGCUGCAGCGGUUGUAUCCCACGUGCCAUGGGCUUCGUGUUUUAUUCAGAAGAUCCCUUACGUUGCUCGCGGUCUCACAAAGCUACGGAAGAUCGGAGUCAGCUGUGCUACCAACCGGAUUAAGUCAGGUUCAAAGAUCAAAGAUUUAUGGUAUCACUUGACAGAUGAAGCCGGGCGAGAGAGACAAGAACCCAACCUCGCUAACGUUGUAGCGGAUGGUACGGUGGCCAUUGUGGCUGGUGCCGACACAGUGGCUACGGCUGUCAUUUGCCUGUUCUACUACCUUCUGUCCAAUCGACCGAUGCUUGAGCGUCUGCGCCGUGAGGUAGAUUCAGUGUACCCUCAAGGCGAGAACGCAAUGGACACUUCCAAGCACGCCGAUAUGCCUUACCUAUCUGCUUGCAUCUCAGAAACCUUAAGGGUAUUACCCCCAGUGCCAACCAAUGGUUCCCGUCGUGUUCCCGCCGGAAGUGGGGGAAGGGUCAUUGCUGGCCGCGUCGUGCCGGAAAAUACAGAAGUCUACGUCCCGGCAUUCUCCCUCCAUCGCAGCUCGCGCUACUUCUCCCCUUGCCCUGACAUCUUCUGGCCCGAUCGGUGGCUAUCCAAAGAACACACCGAAUCAUUCAACCCCAACGCCUAUAUCCCCUUUUCGUAUGGGCCAGCCAACUGCGUCGGGCGGAACCUCGCGAAGCGGGAGAUCAUGAUGCUGAGUAGUCUCCUCAUACAGACGUUUGAUAUGAAGUUCGAGGAAGGGUUUGAUCCGUCGACGUGGGAAGAGAAGUUGCACGACCAUUUGGUGUUAACGAGAGCGUCGCUGCCUGUUGUUCUUACUCCUAGAUAUGUAUAA